GAAAAAAUUGUCAUUGAGUUUUCAAUAGGAGUGUUGUUGGAUAGAGAAUGCAAGGCCAACCGUAAGAAUGUCGGAGAGUUGUGUAAUGGAUAGAUAGAGAUGAUGGCACAGUCACUCAACUUGCUGUGGAAACGAAUAAGCGCAGAAAAUAUUCAACUAAAUAGCAAUAAGGCAGUAUACACUUAUCGUUUCUUUCAGAAAACUCAAAAUUUUCUUGAAGCAGUCUCACUUGAAAAACAACUCCGACUCGGCGUUUCCUCCAACAGGAACAAUCAGAAUAUAUGGCGCCCUUUCAAGUUCACUUUAAAUCCUUCGCGAAAGCUCGUGACAAAAGCGAAUAGGAAAAGCCAGUUAAAGCAAGAACCUGAAAAGAGCCCUCAAGUAAUAGAAAAUUUAAAGAAACUUGAACGCAACUUGAAAGGUGCUAAAGUGGAGAUACUGAGUGGUGAUACUAUAACGGUAAAAGAUGUGGCUUCGCAGUUAAAAGUAUCUGCAAAAGCACUUGCUGUUGCUCUUCGUAAAUUUACUGGAGAACCGACUGUAGCUGAUUCUGUAGUAUCCAUUGACGCUGUAGAACUUGUGUUGUCCGAUUGGGGAGCGAAAGUAUCAGUAAUAAAGCAGGCUUCAGCUGAACCUGGUAAAACAGGCUGGAAAACCCCGCGUUUCCUUCAAAAAUAUGACCCGAAAGUCUGGGCUUCCUUUCCUCUUCGACCUCCGGUAGUCACCAUUAUGGGACACGUUGAUCACGGGAAGACUACAUUAUUAGACGCGUUGAGGAAUACCAGUGUGGCGGCUUCAGAGAGAGGUGGCAUAACUCAGAAUAUUGGAGCUUUUUCGGUAUCUCUCUCGAAUGAUGCGAUGGUUACUUUUCUAGAUACUCCCGGUCAUGAGGCAUUUGCAGCUAUGAGAGCUUGCGGUACUCAAGUUACGGAUAUAGUUGUAUUAGUGGUUGCUGCAGAUGAUGGAGUAAUGCCUCAGACAUUAGAAGCUGUGAAUCAUGCAAGAAAUGCUCAAGUUCCGAUAAUCGUGGCAAUAAACAAAGUGGAUAUUUCAGGUUGCUCGCCAGAGAAGGUUAUGAAUGAUUUAUUUUCCUAUGCAGAACUCCAAGUGGAGCAAAUAGGAGGCGAUGUACAAUGUGUACUUGUUUCAGCUGUGAAACGACAAGGUCUCGAGAAUUUGAUUGACGCAAUUUUGUUGCAAGCAGAACUAUCCGACCUUCGAGCAAACAAGGACGAUCCUGGAGAAGCAAUUUGUAUAGAGUCUAAAGUAUCCAAGGGAUUGGGAAGUGUUGCGAAUUGUAUUGUACGCUGGGGUUCUUUUCGUGUGCACGAUUAUGUUGCAAGUGGUCGAACAUGGGGUCGUACACGUCGAAUGUUAGAUGAUCGGGGGAAUUCAAUCUCUUUAGCAGGUCCAUCUACUCCUUUUACAUUGGUAGGAAUGAAAGAAUUGGUGGACCCGGGGAGUUUUGUGUUUGUUAUGAAAGAUGAAGAAGAUGCCAAGAUGUUCUCAGAAAAGUUUGAUGCUGAUAUCUACUUUAAGAAACUCCAACAAACAGCCUUACAAGUAAGCCUUCAGCGAGCAUCAGAAAAGUUAAAGUCGCGAGAAGGAGAAGAUUCAUUUGUGACGAACAGCAGCCAUUCUUCUAAGUUGAAGAAACGCUUGAGCUUUAUAGUCAAAGCAGAUGUUCGUGGUUCAGUUGAUGCUGUACUUGAAUGCAUUAAUAAGAUGAAAGGCGAAGAAAUGGACGUUGAAGUGAUACACUCAGGAGUUGGUGCAGUUUCAGACUCGGAUAUAUUUUUGGCUGCAUCUUCGCGAGCAUCAAUAUUAGCCUUCAACUGUAAAGUUCCCACAGCUGUAAUACAACAUGCUAAACAUAAGGGAGUGUUGAUUCGUCACUAUAACAUCAUAUACGAAUUAUUAGACGAUAUACAAUCCUUACAAGAGGGCAAGUUGGAGUCAUCCACUGUAGAAAAGCCUAUAGGUACUGCACAAAUUAAGCAAAUAUUCCAUUUGGACAGAAAGCAUGGAAAAGAAGCAAGAGUUGCAGGUUGUGUAGUCUCCUAUGGUUUAGUAGCUAGAGAUCACAAGGUUCGAAUUUAUCGUUCAGGCCAUAUUGUUGGGGAAGGCAAAGUGGAUUCUCUCAAGUUCUUCAAAGAGGAUGUUCCCUCAGUUUCUUCAGGAAAGGAGUGUGGUGUUAUUAUAUCUGGUUUUGAGGAUUUCCAGCAAGGUGAUACGCUUGAAGUUGUGGAAUUGGUUCCUGUAGAGUCUAAAGAAGACAAAUAUUUGGUUACUUGAGCUUCAUAGCUGGAGAGCAUAGAAACACACAUUUUGUACGUAUGCAAGAUAAUAGGGAAAUUUCGCUCUCUUGAAAGGCGAAUAAUUUUCAGUGCUUUGCAGUUUUGAAUAAAAUUUCUUAAAACAUGUUUUGUUUGGAAUGAAUGAAAAAAUUGUCAUUUCU